AAAGCAAUGACAAUAGAACAUUUAUAAUUAAUGCAGUAUGUCGUGAUGCUAAAAUAAAUCUUAAAGAUUUUGAAUUAGAAUUUGCAGCAGAUAUUUCUAGAACAAUAGGUUAUUUAUUAUGGCAAAAAUUGUCCUAA